AAGCACCGAGGCCAGGUCGUUCGCAUGCGCCAUUCGUAAUGUUUACUUCCGCCCGGCCUAGUGAGGCCGUGAAGUAUGUGCACGUGUGAUGUGGUGCUCCGUAUUCUUCGCAGAGGCUACCCUGUUAACUGGUGAUUGGGGUGGACAUUAGAGGAGGAUGAGGGGACUGGCGAUGAGGCUGCCCCCGCGGCUGGCGCUGUCAGUGUUGGCCGGCCGCGGCCCGUCUUGCAUUCUGGGGUCCGGAGCGGCGACGCGGAAGGACUGGCAAGAGAGGAACCGCCGUAGCUUCUCUGACCUCUACACUCAACCGUUGCCUGAUUGUGAUUUCGAGGAGUCGCCCUCGUGGUCACACAAGAGUCGAUCAGAGCCUACGCGUCACAUAGCAUGUAAGAAGUCGGCCAGGAACCUGGUACGAGACCUGCUAGAGCACCAAAACCCAUCCCAUCAACUUAUACUAGAGUGCAAUCCAGGUCCAGGAAUCCUGACUGGGGCAUUACUUAAAGCUGGUGCCAGAGUGGUUGCCUUUGAAAGUGAAAAGAUGUUUAUUCCACAUUUGGAGUCCUUAAGGAAGAAUGCGGAUGGAGAGCUACAAGUGGUUCACUGUGACUUCUUUAAAAUAGAUCCUAGAUAUCAGGAGCUAGUACGACCAGAUGUGAAUUCACACACAAUUUUUCAGAACCUGGGAAUAAAAGCAGUUCCUUGGUCAGCAGGUGUUCCUAUAAAAGUAUUUGGAAUUCUACCAAAUAAACAUGAAAGACGAUUACUUUGGAAAAUCCUGUUUGAUCUGUACUCCUGCGAAUCUAUAUACAGAUAUGGACGAGUAGAACUGAAUAUGUUCAUUAGUGAAAAAGAAUUCCGGAAACUAAUAGCAACUCCUAAAAGGCCAGAUUUAUAUCAAGUAUUGGGUGUGCUUUGGCAAGUGGCUUGUGAAAUUAAGUUUCUGCACAUGGAGCCUUCGUCGUCAUUUAGUGUGCAUGCCGAAAAUGGGCACUUGGAAAAGUCAAAGCACUCGGAAUCAUUAAAUUUACUGAAACAAAACCUAUAUCUUGUUCGAAUGACUCCUCGUAGGACAUUAUUUACAGAAAACCUAAGUCCUUUGAACUAUGAUAUGUUUUUCCACUUGGUAAAGCACUGCUUUGGGAAACGCAAUGCCCCAAUAAUACACCAUUUACGUUCCCUGAGUACGGUUGACCCCAUUAAUAUACUAAGGCAGAUAAGGAAAAGACCUGGAGACACGGCUGCUAAAAUGUAUCCUCACGACUUCAAAAGACUUUUUGAAACUAUAGAACGUUCAGAAGACUCUGUCUUUAAAUGGAUCUAUGACUACUGCUCGGAGGACAGUGAGCUCUAGGGAAAACGUCUACAAGCCAUGAAUGAGCUGUUUGUCUAUUAAUUUUGAAAUUAUGUGAUGAAUGAAAACUGAAUUUCAAGAUGUUCAUGUCCUUUUAGCAGAAGAGAAACUAUCCUUGUUUGGCACAGAUGAAGCAAAUAAUUUCCUCUUACGUUGAUACCUUUGAUACACAGGAAAAACCAUGGCUGCAGGUUUAUUCAAAGUUAAAUAAAACAAAAACUUGUCAGUUCAGU